AGCACUCUUUCCCUUGAUUUCCUAUAUCUCCGACUCCUACUACCCCCACUCUCCACCCCAAAGUAGUCAAAUAAUGGUUUAAGUUUGCAAAGUUUUCUAUAAGCUUCUUCAGUUUCUUUAGAACAGCGGAAGCCAGAAAGGCUGACCUUGCCCCUUUGGAUUUUUGGUAUCGAAAGCCCUUGGCUAAUUUUUCAGCAGACAGGAGAUCCUCGCUUCUUGAGAAGGAGGAGCUCUGGCAACACUUGGCAGCUGCCUGUAAACUUUUCAAGUUACCCAUCCUUUUGGAGACGGGUAAUAUCAAAGGGCACUAUGGAUUACAAUACAUGAGGAGUGUUUACAGCCUGGAAGAUUAUUUAUGUUUGGCUUUGCCUCUAUAGUCACACAUCCAAGCUAGGAGAAAAGGAACACAGGAACCCUCUCAUUAUCUUUUGAAAUAUGAAGAUCAGAGGAAAACCUGGGUUUAACGUGUGGAGUGAUGGUCCUAGAAGCCUGCUUAUAAAUUAGAAGCCAUCCUACCUCUAUAAUAACAGAUCCAGGAGCAGAGCUGAUAUCCAGACAUAACAGCGGCUUUCUGGAAUCAUUACUGCUGCUACAAAAAAAAAAACCUUGGGCAUAUACUACUGCUCUGACCACCACAAAGAUAUAUCUGGUCCAUUUGGCCUUCUCAUCAAUGGAUUAAUUCUGUAGAGCCCGUGUUGGACGUUGGCACAGCAUCACUUCAAAAUGGGAAGUAAUAGCGACGAGGGGCUACUGAACAGGAUCUCAUUCUCAGGGCCAGCAUCCCUUGGAAACAGCCACCCCAGCCCUCAUGGGUUACCGCUCCGAGAACCAUUUGGUGUUCCUUUCCAUUUUGACCCAGCAUACUGGGACCACCAAGCCUACGGUGGAUAUUCAGGAAGGUUCUCUUACUUGCCCUUUUCUGGGUACGUAGGAGUCUAUGACUACUCUUUUGAGCCUGCCUUCAUUCGAAAGAGGAAUGAGAGGGAGAGGCAACGGGUUCGUUGUGUGAAUGAGGGCUACACGCGCCUCCGAGACCACCUACCCAAGGAGUUUGCUGACAAGCGUCUCAGCAAGGUGGAGACUUUGAGAGCUGCCAUCACUUAUAUCAAACACCUCCAGAACUUGCUGGACCAUCAGCCUUUAGGGACAAUUCCUAAAAUAGCAGUCCCGGCUGCGGAGGCUGCUGGUGCUUCUGAUCUUAGCUUAAGAAGGGAAUGCAACAGUGAUGGAGAAUCGAAAACUUCAUUGGCUUCAUCACCCUACAGCGAAUCUGAAGAAGUCUGCAGUUAAGAAAACAUCUUCAGAAAUGGACACCUUCUUCAAGCCUGCCUUUUAACUAUUAUUAUUAAAGAGCUACAUUAUUUUUCAAAGGACAAAACUAGUCCCCAGCAAAGGGAUGAAAAAGGUAUCUUCAUUAUUUGUUCUGGUCAGUUUUUGGCCAUAGGGAGAGAGAAAAAAAUCUGUAUUCUUCCUAAUGUUUCCUUUUUGUUCCUAACGUUUUCUUAUUUAUGCUAUUAACAACUGUGUGUGAGAGAGCAGAGAGGGAAAUAAUAACUGACCUUGUUUUUUGAAAUCUGGAAUAUGCCUCACUUUCUGUGAUCUUUGUUCUGUCUGUCAGCCAAAGAGAACAAUAAA